UUCCAAUAGCAACCCAACUUCCCUGAGCACACAAAACUGGGACUUAGGGUUGCAAAAAUCGCCACCAUCAAAACCCUCUCCCUGUCUACUAAGCUAUCUCUGUACAUCUGCAAACAUAUACAGGUUGAAUGGCGAAGGAAGAUGAGAACCCAACAACUCCAGUGGCGUCAAAGCCGAGUCCCAGUCCAAGUCCCAAAGACCAAUUUCCUUCUCAAACCAGUUCGUCCCACCCUAACAACAACAACAACAACAACAACAACAACAACAACAAUGACAACAAUUCUCCGCCACUGAAGGAGCCGUUAAACUCCAAAGAGUUCCUGGUAUCGGUGGCCUCGACGAUCGCCUCUCAGCCUCUUCAAAACUCUGAUCCUGACGUCUGGGGUGUCCUCACCGCUAUCUCCACCAAGGCCCGUAAGCGCCACCAGGGUAUAAAUAUGCUUUUGAGUUCAGAUGAACACUGCAUUGGCCGACUAGUAGAAGAUGGUCGUUUCCAGAUUGUAUCACCUGCAAUUAGUGCAUGUCAUUGCAAAAUUUAUAGGAAGAGGGUUGCUAAUGAAGAUGUGGGGCAUCCUUCCAACUUCUACACUUCCAUUUUCUUGAAAGAUACUAGCACAAAUGGAACAUUUCUCAACUGGGAAAAGUUGACUAAAAGUAGCUCUGAAGCUAAACUCCAUCAUGGUGACAUUAUAUCAUUUGCAGCUCCUCCUCAACAUGAACUUGCAUUUGCUUUUGUAUUCCGAGAAGUUUUCAAAUCAACUUCCUUGCUGGAUGACACACUUUUGAAGAGGAAAACAGAGGAGUUUGGGCCCGAAAGAAAGAGACUAAAAGGAAUUGGCAUUGGUGCUUCUGAAGGUCCUAUAUCUCUUGAUGAUUUUCGAAGUCUUCAACGGUCAAACACGGAACUGAGGAAGCAAUUGGAAAAUCAAGUCAUGACCAUUGAUUGCUUGCGCAGAGAGAACCGUGCAACUAUUGAGCAUAAUGAACUUGAGAUCAAAGACUUGAAAGCAUCAAUUUCAAAAUCUUACCUUGAUCAACAGGAAGAGUUGCGCCAGUUGUUAGAUGCCAAACAGAAGGAACUAGCGGAGGUUAAUAGAAUAUCCGCUGAACAAAAACAUGCUAUGGAGAAUCUUACUGAAAGACUUGGUGCUUCUAUGCUGUCAUGUACUGAAGCAAAUGAAGUCAUAAAUAGCCAGAAAGCAUCUAUAUCUGAACUGAAGGCAUUAUUAGAUGAAGAGCGAGAUCAGAGAAGAGAUGAUCGAGAAAAGGCUGCUGUAGAUAUGAAAACCUCAAUACAGAGAGUUCAGGCUGAGGCUCAGGAGGAACUUAAAAGACUGUCUGAUGACGCCUUAAGACGAGAAAAAGAGCAGCAAGAAGUGAUUAAUAAGCUUCAGGAAUCAGAGAAAGAAAGGUCAACGUUGGUAGAAACUUUGAGAUCUAAAUUGGAAGACACUAGGCAGAAACUGGUUGUCUCAGAAAAUAAAGUUCGCCAGCUUGAAGCCCAAAUUUGUGAAGAGCAACUAGCUUCUACUAGUAGAAGUAAAAGAAUUGAAGAACUUGAGGAUGAAACGAAAAUAUUGAGGAAUGAACUGGAGAGAGAAAAGGCAGCUCGGGAAGAAGCCUGGGCAAAGGUUUCUGCUCUUGAACUUGAGAUAAAUGCUGCAAUGCGAGAUCUUGAUUUUGAGAGGCGUAGGUUAAAAGGUGCUAGGGAAAGAAUCAUGCUCCGGGAAACACAGCUUCGAGCUUUCUACUCAACAACUGAGGAGAUUUCACUUUUGUUUGGAAAGCAGCAGGAACAGCUGAAGGCAAUGCAAAAGACACUAGAAGAUGAGGACAAUUAUGAGAAUACAUCGGUUGAUAUCGAUCUCAGUCCUCACAGUGGAAAUGUAAAUGGAUCACAACUCAGACCAAAAGAAGGAUUAGGGUAUCGAAUCAACAGUGCUGCUAAGGCAGGCUCCAGUAGUUCGGCCCAGAGGCAUGGCAGAAAUCAAGUUGAGAUAUCUAGUGAUGAAGCAAGUGUUACAGAGAAGCACACCUGCAAUAUCAAAAGUCAAGAAGGUGGGCAAGACACCCAGGAAGUAGAAAUUACAAGUGUGGACCGCAUUAAGGGGGGCUUUGGUUCUGAUAUUGAUGGAGUUGGCACUGCGCCUGUUCUGGAGGGAGACCCUAUUGAAACUGAGCGAAUUCUUGAGACUGAGAGCCCAGGAAUUGGUGGUCUCCAGAAUAUUGAUUUAAACAAGUGCAGUGCGUUAGCUGGGGACACAAUGCAGCUAGAUGAUGAAAACCAUGGGGAGGAAGCUGAGCGCCAAAGGAUUUGUGGGGAGAGUGCACAUCUCUCACAGUCAAAUAACCCCCUGGAGAUUCAAAACACCAUGGAAGAUACUGAAGCUGGAGGCACAGUCAGAACGGCCGACCUUUUGGCUUCAGAAGUUGCAGGAAGCUGGGCUUGCAGCACAGCUCCUUCAGUCCAUGGGGAGAAUGAUUCUCCAAAGAGUAGAGACAUUGAUGAGGAAGGUGCUGCAGCUUUAAAUGAUUCCAAUGGUCUGUUGGCCGAGUCUCAACACGCCCUGUCUUCCUCCGUGGCUGUAGCUGCCAGACGGAACGAGCGUCAAGCACUGAGUGACAUGAUCGGGAUUGUUGCACCUGAUCUGAAGGAGCAAUUUGGUGGUGCUGUGGGCAGCGAUUGUGAUCAAGAGGGAUCCGAAAAAGGUUUAGCUUCCAAUUCAGAUACGGAAGAUUGCACCGACAAUGAAGAUGAUAAUGGAGUGAAUUCUGAAGAGUCUGAGGGCGGGAACCGAGCAAAUGAGACUGAACGAGCUGAUGACGCAAUGGAUGAAGAUGAUGAAGCGACUCAAGAAGAUUCUCUUGGAUAG